AUGGCGGAAAUCGCUGGUCUGGUCCUGGGUGCCGUUCCCCUAUUGAUAUCAGCAAUUGAGCACUACGAGGACUUUGUGGAGCCGACGGUAGCCUUCUUCAAAUGGAAAGGUCAGCUGUCCAAAGUAACCCGACGCCUCCUGAUGGGACACACAGCAUACGAGCAGAAUGUCCGCCUGUUGCUGAAGCAGGUCGUAAGCAACGAAGACCUCGUUGACAUGAUCAAUGAUCCGCAAAGCGACGACUGGAAAAGCGAGUGGCUCGUUAAGGACCUCCGUGAGAAACUAGGCAACGCGUACCAGCCGGCCUUUAGCACAAUACAGGAGAUCGCCCGUAUCAUGAUUUCUGUCGCGGCAAACCUCAACAUUGACGGUUCUGAUAAGGUUACACAGGACGGGUUGGAGGCGAUCGUUUUUGCCAAUCCUCCAGUCUCUGAAACGCCUAUUUUUCGGCAGAAAUUCCACUUCCGGAAGCGCGUCGCUUUCACCAUGAAGCGUCGAGCCGUGGGCGAGAAGCUGGAACAGCUCGACGAGUGUAAUGCGAGACUGUACGGCUUUUUGGAGAAGGCUGCGAAACUUCAGGACAACGUGCAAAGCGACUCGUCAGAAUCGCGGGUCCGGAUCCGCUUUGUAGCACCGCUGCAAACUAUCCAGCAAAACGCCUCUAGGAUCCACCGAGUAUUGUCGCGCAGCUGGUGCCGGACUCAUGGCGCCCACGAGGCCGGGCUGCUCCUGGAGCAGAGAUUGGUGCGGCGCCAACGGCGGGCCUGGAGAGGUUCAUCCCGGGCGGUCGGCUCGAUGAACUGUUUCGGCCUGUGUAUCUGGAGGGAAUCAGUUCUGACCUGGCUCAACACCGAGUUCAACUUGGAUGACAAUGAUGGCUCUGAUCCUAGGCUGGUCCAGGAUCCUGCAUCGAUCCAAACCAUUACCGAAAUCUGUUCGAGAAUUCAGGCCGCUGCACACCCAUUUGUGGGCUUCAACCUCGACUCAUCAGACGAGCUGCGUGGUCCAUGCGAGGUGCAAAGCCCGCCGUGCGAUUUGAUCGCCAACGGCGUCUCGCUAGGUGACUACUUGCCAAGUCUCAAGCAGAAUAUCUCCUUUCCGGAACUCUACACCCUAGCCAUCACCUUGGUCUGUUCCGUUCUGCAGCUUAGCGAAGCCCCGUGGCUCCGUGAGCCGUGGAGCCGUGAGGAUAUUCUGUUUCUGCGACCCGGGAGCGCGGAUAACGGCCCAGUCGAUGUUCGGCACCCAUAUCUGACUAGGAGAUAUCCUGUAAUAGAUCUCAAAACGACGGAACCCAAACUAGAGGACCAGCCAGACAGGCUGAACUUGCUCGCCCUGGCCGUCAUGCUCCUGGAGAUCAACGUCGGCAAGCCCAUAGAGAGCCUUCGUAUGCAGCAGGACAUGGGGCGCGACGGGAGUUUUAACAUGGGUGCGGACCUAUCGACAGCGCAGAGAUCUCUCGAGACGCAGGUGAGCCAGGGCAAGUUGACGUCAGCCUUCACAAAAGCCAUCACCUACUGCCUGCAGUGUUAUCUCGAUCCGACUGCGUCGCUCCGCAACUAUGAGUUUGCAAAGACAGUCGAGGAGCGAGUUCUGGAGCCUUUGGAGCGGGAGAUGCAGUGUCUUCUCUGUUGA